AUGCUGAGGUGGAAGCUGCAGAAGGCAUGCAAGGACAUUUCCCUACAGCCUCGACAUCCCUUGUCCUCCCAGCCCUCCGACGCUCCUUCCCACCACCUCGGCCAUCGUCCCAAGUCAGCCAAACCGGAUCGAUCGCAUCUGGCUGCCCCCGACGUUCCUCAGCGGUCCAAGAGCGUCCAGGAGGAGAGGAGGGACAGCCCCGAGCACGGGGAUGCGAAGACGGGGCUGAGAGUAAACAAUCACCUCGUCGUCAUCGACCCUGGAGAGUACGAUGGGCUCACUCACGGAGACAGAUUGAUCCACAUGUUCGAAGAUGAGAGCUCGUUUCAUUCGGGACACCUGUUCCUUGCCGCCGGGAAGGCAGGGGACUCAGUUCAUUUCCUCGUCGAGCGACAAGGAAAGAAUUCUCAUCUGCAGGCGAAGCGAACGAAGCACAGCAACGAGGGAACCAGGGGGAAGAAGAGAUCAAGCUCUAGCCUGUCCAUGAAUGAUCAAUCGCGUGUUAGGUAUCAAGGGGACGAGAUGGAUCAGCAGCAGCAGGAGGAGGAGGAGGAGGAAGAUCCUUGCAAAAAAAGAGUCACGAAGCAGGAGCUCGUUCUGAACCCACCAGCUGAGAACAGAAAAUUUUGGAAUCUCAACUACCUUGCAGAAUCUCUCUCGAAGCUAAAAGGAGAACAGCUAACAGCAGUGGGCAGCAGCCAUUCACCGGCAAACCCCGUGGACAAGGGUGUAUCCAAGGGCGAGAUCCAAGGCAUGGAGGGCGCUGCUCAGAGGCGAUGUGUAUCAGUGACCAACAUGUCAGACUACAAGGAGACGGAUCUCAUGCUCAGCCAGCUCGAAGAAGAACGACUGAGAAUCUCCCGUCUGACAGAGGUCCGGAGGGCAGCGCAGGAGGCGCAAAGAGAUGUGCAGACAGCUCGGGAGGAAGUGAAGAGCACACAGAGCUUCGAUGAUUUCUCAAAAUUCGUCCACGACAACGACGCCGCCACACGCCCCAGCAUUAAGGGGGGCUUCAUCGGGAGACUCUCAGGGGUUUCCCUCUUCACCCCCCCCUCGCAGCCGCAAGGGAGCUACUACCUCCUUCCUUCCACCCUGCACAACAAGGGUCCCAAGUUCGGAGACCCUCCCCGACGUCCCAGCUUGACUGACGAGCUGCUGGAAGCCCUUAGCUCGACUCUCUCCUCCUCUCACGCACUUCCAGCUGAAGAGGUGCGGAGGAGCAAGCCGAGCAGUCAGCCGGGCGGUCCUUCCUUUGGCGGACGUCACUACUCGGCCCUAGUGCCUGAGUGGGACGACGUCAAAUUGCGUCAGGUCGGCGAGACGCCGGGGCCGGGAGCAUACAGCACGACUGUGAAGGACAAGUUUACAAAAUCCAACAUCCCUGUGUAUGAGAGAAAAGUCAAGAUGUUGGUUGACCACCAUGGUGUCGGCUCCAUCCAGGAGCACCCGAGCUCGGGCCCAGCUGCCUCCUUCGGGUCCUCCAAGAGAUUCGCCAUCCCCAACAAAGAUCUCUUCCAGCUCCCCGGCCCAGCUCAGUAUCAGCUGCCCUCCACCCUCAAGGUCAGUUCCUUCCUCUGCCACCGUCCAGCUUACCUGAGCAUCAAGACCAACGGUGCUGUCGCCUUCGGCUCCGCUCCUCAACCUCCCGAGCUGGAGGAUACGCCAGGCCCCGGCGAGUACCUCGGGGUCGAACAGAGCUCAGCUGCCAAGCUGCCAGGAGGCUGGCUCGGGUACGCCUGGUCCCACCACAUCCCUGGAUCCAAGGACUUCGUUGAGCAAGGGAAAAAGGAGGAGCCAACGCCCGGGCCAGGAGCCUGGGGGAAGAAGUUUGGCUCACUACGGCCGGGCGACUCGAUCGCGCACAACUCGCAGCCCAAGGCGAGCUUCGGGCAGGCUGAGAUUCCCUCCUACCUCGACAGGCUCAUGCGCGCUUCCCGUCGCAUCCCUGGCCCGGGGAGCUACGACAUUCUCAGCCCCGACAAGCGUGCUCUCGCGCUUCGCCCUCCUCCUCCUCUUCAUUCCAUGGCCCAGACCCUUCGCCCCUUCUCCCAGCUGCAGGGCAUCGAAACAUCUGCGCUCCGUCCUGGCAGCAAGGAGAGCAUCGGGCUUUCUCUAGAGCCCCUCCUCUCCCCGUGCAAGCUCAGCCCCACCGAUGUCCCCAAGCUCCGCAUCAUCACUCCAGCCCGCAACAGCCGCUCCCAAUCCUUGAUCAUCUCCUCUGAUCGCAUGGAAAGGAAAUCCCCUGGCCCGGGAUCUUACAACGUCGACAUGCCCAACGACGGUUGCUUCGGAGCCGCUCCUCUCACCUUCCUCCACCUGGCGCAACUUCAGCUCUCCGCUGCAGGCAGAAGCUUGCAUGCCCACCGCAUCCCCAAGUUCAGCCCAAAGUCGCCCCCGUCGCCAUGGAGCGAGGGCUCCGAGUGGGACUCCGAGCUGGUUCUGGUGGACGGAGAUCGCUUUCACCAGUCAGGAGGGCUCAGGACCAUAGGGAUGCAACGAACCUACACCAAGAUGUACGGUAAGAAGAAGACGAGGGUCAAGCAGGGCAAGACGCACGCAGCAGGGAAGGGCAAGGGGAAGCCCAACGAGGCGAAAGAGGAGCUGCAGGUCGCCACGUCCUCCUACACCAGGCACGCACAAUCACAAGAGGGAUCAGUGAAAGGCAAGGAGGGCGAGCUCACCCGGAGAGCCAGCGCCGGCCUUCAGAGCUCCUGA